AUGCCCUUGCUCGUCUCGAACCCGGCCGAGUCGUACCAGGCCAACAUCAUUGCCUGCGCCGCCAUAACGUGGGCCAUCGGCGCCAUCUUUGUCGCCCUGCGCUUCUACACGCGCGGCCGCAUCCUCCACAAUGUCCUCGGCGCUGAAGACUGGUUCAUUCUCGUGGCCCUGGUGUUCUCGGGCGCCACCAGCGCCGGAAUGAUUGAGCCCGUCUACGGGCUGGGAAAGCACAUGCUGGACAUCAACCCGGCCGUGAUGAUGCCAAUGGCACGGGCCGGCUGGUACACGAUCCUGUACUACAUGAUGGCGCUGCUGUUCACUAAGGUGUCGAUCCUGCUGCUGUACAUCCGCAUCCUCAGCUACCAGCACGCGCGCUACGCCGUCUACGCCAUCACGGCCGUCAUUGUGCUGACCAACGGCCUGUGGACCAUGGUAACCGUCGUGACCGCCUGCAUGCCGCUGCGCGCUUUCUGGGACCCUACCGUGCCUGGCGCCUACUGCCGCCCCGCCGCCUUCUGGUUCGCCAACACGGGCAUGCACAUCGGUACUGAUGUCCUGCUGUAUAUCCUGCCCCUGCCCAUCAUCGUCAACCUGCACGUCCGCACCCGCCAGAAGAUCGCCCUCGUCUGCAUCAUCUCGGUGGUGCGCCUGUGGGAGCUAGUCGAGGAGUACAAGCGCGUCGACUUCACCUUCGACAACGUCAGCAUCUCGUACCUGACGUGCAUCGAGGUCAACGCCGCCAUUGCCUGCGCGUGCUGCAUGACGCUGAAGCCGUUCGUGGCCCGCGUGUUCCCGCGCCUGUUUGGCGGGUCGCGGUCCGACUCGGCCGUGGCGGCCGCUGCCGGGAGGCGCGAUGCCGAAGCCGCCGCCGGGUCCGGCAGGGAGAGAGGAGAAAGGGGACCGCCCACCAUCGGCUCCAAGCCCUCGCGGAUAACGACAAUACCGCCGCAGCUGCAGAAGCAGCAAAAGGGCCAGCAGCGCCAGUACUACCCGUGGCCCGCGGUGGCGGCCAUCCACGGGCGCAACGACAGCCACUCGCAGCUGCUGGAUGACGACGACGGCGACGACGACGACAGCACACUAACCGGAGGCAGCCACAACGCUAGAUCUGACGAGAAGCACUCCCACGGGGCGCUAGAUGUCGACUCGCCCAUGAUGUCGCCGCUUUCUCCACCAAUGCAAAUGCCCAGAGAGCUGCCCGCGGCGUACUCCUCCGAGAAAGGUGACAAGAGCCUUGGGCAACCACCCAGCUAACACUCCGAGUAAGGAGACUUUGUGGGUGGGUGGCGCAGCAAGGACAAGCCUGCUGCUCUCAAAUUUAAUGAUGCAACGAGCGACGCUUAAGGACUAUAAUAUCAUGCUUUUCUCUUAUCCACAGGGAAAGGGGGCGCUAACCAGUUGUGAUCAUUACAUGAUGGUAUAUUUGCUGGUUAUGACGGGGCGUUUUAGGAUUUGCUUUUCUAGGUAC